AUGAUGUAUGUUCGAUCUAUCAAAGAGAAAAUUGCAAAUAAUAACGAUUUUAAAGAUAAAUAUACUGUCGAUGCAAUGAAAUUGAUAUUUUCAGGAAAAAUUCUUGAAGAUACUAAAACACUUGAAUCAUAUGCUAUUAACAAAGAUAGUUUUAUUGUUGUCGUCAAACAAACAGUUCCAAAAAGUGGACAGUCAAGUGGUCCGACUCCAGCUCAAGUUGUACCGCCGCCCAGCGACGAUGUUACAAAUGCUGCCACUGGAACAACACCAGCGCGUGCAAGUGCAACAGGAUCCAGCACACAGGGAGCUUCAAAUGAAAGUACAUCCACACCAGCCCCAGUCGGUGCAUCGUCUCAGGAUACAUUUACUUCGAACGAAGCACGUGAAAAAGCAAUAACAGAAUUAACAGAUAUGGGUUUUGAACGAGCUAAAGCUGAGCAAGCUUUACGUGCAAGUUACUAUCAUGUUGAACGAGCUGCUGAAUAUCUUUUGAGUGGAGAAAUACCGGAUACACGUGAAUCAGCACCGCCAUCAUUACAAACGCAAUCGUCCGGUCAAGGACAAACCGGACAAACUCGUCGACAACCUAGUGAUGAGUUAGCCGAUCUAAAUUCAAGUCCACAAUUUCAAGCAUUACGUAAUCUGAUACAGCAAAAUCCUGAUCAGCUACAAACAUUAAUGCAAACAUUACAACAAACACAGCCAGAAUUAUUCCAGUUGAUUGAACAACGUCCUCAAGAAUUUCUCGAAUUGUUGAAUCAAGCUGACCCAGAGGGCGAUGAUGAUCAAGAUUUGCAAGCAGGUCCGACAGCUGGUGCGGUGACAAUAACACUUUCACCACAAGAUCAAGCUGCAAUUAAUAGGCUACAAGAUAUGGGUUUCGAACGUAAUCAAGUUAUUGAAGCAUUUCUUGCUUGUGAUAGAAAUGAAGAAAUGGCAGCAAAUUAUUUAUUGAGUGAUUUUAAUUAA